GACGUCACCGUCAGCUAAUGUCAAACACGGAUUAAAGAUGGCGCCCUCUCACGCACUAAGGUGCUGUAAACGGGCUCUGAAUUGGGUACCUGUCCUGUUUAUUAACCUGGUCGUCGGCUGGUCCUAUUACGCCUACGUUGUCGAGCUGUGUGUCUAUACAAUCCCAAAUAAUGCUGAACGAAUCAGCUACUUGGUUAUCUUUCACAUUUUCCUCGCCAUGUUCAUAUGGGCUUACUGGAAAACUAUCUGGUCCAAACCAGCCAAUCCCUCAAAAGCAUUCAGUCUACCCAGGGCAGAGAAGGAGCUGUAUGAGAGAGAAGAGCGAGCUGAGGCCCAACAAGAGAUUCUGAAGAAAGUGGCGAGGAAUUUACCCGUGUACACACGCACAACUGGAGGAGCCAUCAGAUACUGCGACUUCUGUCAGGUAAUCAAGCCUGAUCGCUGCCAUCACUGUUCAACCUGUGAAAUGUGUGUGCUGAAAAUGGACCAUCACUGCCCCUG